AAAAAAGCCAAAAAGGGACCUCCUCCUUGAGGAGAUAACUAAGCCUGCUUUUGUUGACAACUAUAAACUUGAGGAUAUGCGUGGUGGCGAUUUCUUCUACAUGAAUGAGUUUCUCAAGCAAAACGAAGCGAACGAGUUGUACAAUCAAGCGUUAGAGUUGGAAUUCUAUCGACCCACUUUAAAGAUAUACGGGAAAGACGUCAUUCAAUCUCGUCAAGUUGCUGUCUAUGCGAUAGAAGAAAAGCGUGCACAUAUGAAAUACAGCAAUCAUGAUGCUAAAGUGAAUCAUCCAUUUCCUCAGCUCGUCAACCAAAUCGCCGGGCGAUUGAAAGAAGUCACUGGUGUAGACUUUACACACUGUAUGCUAAACUAUUACCAAGAUGGCAGUGUCUAUAUUGGCAAACACAAUGAUAAUUUUAACAAUCAAGUCAUAGCAACUGUCAGUCUAGGUGCUGAGAGAACGAUACAUCUCUCACCGCAGACGACGAAAGCUGCACUCAAGGUAUACCCAGAGACAGAUGUUCCAGGACGGGAGAAGAGCACUCUCAAGCUCACAAACGGGAGUUUAUUUGUCAUGCAAGGAUCUACACAGCGUUAUUGGAAGCAUGAAAUCAAGAAAGAACCAAAGGUUAAAACCGGUCGGAUUAGCUUGACCUAUAGACAGAUCGUUGAUUGAGAUAUUCACUCUGAUCUUUCGUCUAUCGUUUCUUCUCUGAAAAUAGGCGUACGGGAUGACCUCCUCUUUGCGCAGUAUAUUGACAAAGCUAAUGCGAUCACACAUGCCAUUGUAGUUAAAUGUAAUG